UUCACAUUUUUUUCCCGUGUGCGUGCAGAGUGGGGAAAGAAAAGAGCUAAUGCCCUAGUCGUAAACGGCUGAGAGAGACAGAGGGAGAAGAGUGUGAAUUGUACUUAACUCUAGGAGCAAAGAAGACGACCUGGGGGGGGGGAGGACUUCGAAUAGCACCGUGCUGCUCCUGCUUUUAUUACAAACCUUGCAAAGUGAUUACAGUAAAUCCAGAGAGGAGGAGGAGGAAAAUCCCGUCCUAUCUGUUGAGCUGAAUCUUUAAAAAGCAAAAUACACUGUCCCAUGAACUGUAAGCAUAUUGCAACUGGAAGGAAGGGAGCAGAAGAGCCAACACCAGGGUUUUGCUCAACGAUUGCACCAGUUAUGAGACAAUAAGUUUCCCGGAAGAGAAGGAUUUUAUAAUUGAUCAUCCGCACGCUGAGCAUUUUUGUUGGCUUGUCAGGGGAGUUGGUGGGAGAGAGGAGGGGGUUUUUGGUGCGAAGAAGAUGAGGAAGAUGCGGACUCUCUUUGGCUUUGUGCAUUGCUGCUGCUGCUGCUUCUUGCUCCUGCUGCCUCCUCCACUCUGGGUCAGCCUGGCCGCGGCCAAGCAGCUGCUGAGGUACCGGCUGGCCGAGGAAGGACCUGCCGACAUCCGCAUAGGCAACGUGGCUUCGGACCUGGGCAUCGUAACGGGCUCUGGAGAGGUGACAUUCAGCCUGGAGUCGGGCUCCGACUACCUGAAGAUCGAUAACAUGACCGGGGAGCUGAGCACCACUGAGCGGCGCAUAGACCGCGAGAAGCUGCCGCAGUGCCAGAUGAUCUUCGAUGAGAACGAGUGCUUCCUGGACUUCGAGGUCUCGGUAAUCGGCCCUUCGCAGAGCUGGGUGGACCUCUUCGAGGGCCGGGUCAUCAUCCUGGACAUCAACGACAACACCCCUACCUUCCCCUCGCCUGUCCUCACCCUUACCGUGGAGGAGAACCGGCCCGUAGGGACCCUCUAUCUGCUCCCCACUGCCACCGACAGAGACUUCGGUCGCAACGGCAUCGAGCGCUACGAGCUGCUGCAGGAGCCCGGCGGCGACGGGGGCAGACGCGGAGGAGGGGGUUCUGCGGCUGAGAGCGCCCUCUACCCCGGCGGCAGUAAGAGGAGGCAGGAGCCGGACGGGGCGGCCCGCAGCAGCGUGUUCGAGCUGCAGGUGGCCGACACCCCUGACGGGGAGAAGCAGCCGCAGCUGAUUGUCAAGGGGGCGCUGGACCGAGAGCAGAGGGACUCCUAUGAACUGAGCCUGAGGGUGCGGGACGGCGGCGACCCGGCCCGCUCCUCCCAGGCCAUCCUGAGGGUGCUGAUCACCGACGUGAACGACAACAGCCCCCGCUUUGAGAAGAGCGUCUACGAGGCGGACCUGGCGGAGAACAGCAGCCCCGGGACCCCCAUCCUGCAGCUGCGGGCCGCCGACCUGGACGUGGGGGUGAACGGGCAGAUCGAGUACGUCUUCGGGGCCGCCACCGAGUCGGUGCGGCGCCUGCUGCGGCUGGACGAGACCUCGGGCUGGCUCAGCGUCUUGCACCGCAUCGACCGGGAGGAGGUGAACCAGCUCCGCUUCACCGUCAUGGCCCGGGACCGGGGCCAGCCGCCCAAGACCGACAAGGCCACGGUGGUGCUGAACAUCCGCGACGAGAAUGACAACGUGCCCACCAUCGACAUCCGCAAGAUCGGCCGCAUCCCGCUGCGGGACGGGGUGGCCAGCGUGGCCGAGGACGUGCUGGUGGACACCCCCAUCGCCUUGGUGCAGGUCUCCGACCGCGACCAGGGCGAGAACGGGGUGGUGACCUGCACGGUGGUAGGGGACGUGCCCUUCCAGCUCAAGCCGGCCAGCGAGGGCGAGGGGGAGCCUCAGAACAAGCGCAAAUACUUCCUGCACACCUCGGCCCCGCUCGACUACGAGGCUGUCCGUGACUACAACGUGGUGAUCGUGGCCGUGGACUCGGGCAGCCCCAGCCUGUCCAGCAACAACUCGCUGCUGGUGCGGGUGGCGGACACCAACGACAACCCGCCGGUGUUCGGCCAGGCCGUGCUGGAGGUCUCCUUCCCGGAGAACAACUCGCCUGGGGAGAGGGUGGCCACGGUGGCGGCCACGGACGCGGACAGCGGCAAGAACGCCGAGAUCUUCUACUCGCUGGAGCCCUCGCCCCUCUCCUCGGGGGCGCCCGGCGGCAUCUUCAGCAUCGACCCGGACUCCGGGGACGUGCUGGUGCAGGCGGUGCUGGACCGCGAGCAGCGCGACACCUACGAGUUCCAGGUGACGGCCCGGGACAAGGGGGUGCCGGCCCUGCAGGGCUCCACCACGGUGGUGGUGCGGGUGGCCGACCGCAACGACAACGAGCCGCGCUUCAUGCAGGACGUGUUCACCUUCUACGUGAAGGAGAACCUGCAGCCCAACAGCCCCGUGGGCAUGGUGACAGUGAUGGACGCCGACCGGGGCCGCAACGCCGAGCUCAGCCUCUCUAUCCAGCCCGGGGAGCAGGACCAGGCCGCCGGCAUCUUCUCCAUCGAGAACGACACCGGCACCAUCUACUCCACCGUCUCCUUCGACCGGGAGCAGCAGACGAGCUACACCUUCAAGGUCAAGGCGGUGGACGGAGGGGAGCCGCCCCGCUCGGCCACCGCCACCGUCUCCCUCUUCGUGAUGGACGACAACGACAACCCGCCCGCCGUCACUUUCCCCAGCAACAGCUCCUACACCGUGCUGCCCCCGUCCAGCAACCUGCGCACUGUGGUGGCCACCGUGCUGGCCACCGACGCGGACACGGGCCUCAACGCCGACCUCAACUUCAGCAUCAUCGGGGGCAACCCCUUCAAGCUCUUCGAGAUCGACCCGGCCAGCGGCGUGGUGUCGCUGGUGGGCAAGCUGGCCCCCAAGCACUAUGGCCUGCACCGCCUGGUGGUGCAGGUGAACGACAGCGGCCAGCCGCCCCAGUCCACCACCGCCUUGCUCCACGUCUUCGUCAACGAGAGCCUCUCCAACGCCACCGUGGUGGAGAGCCAGGUGGCCCGCAGCCUGCACACGCCCCUGGCCCAGGACAUCGCCGGCGACCCCAGCUACGAGCUGAGCAAGCAGCGGCUCAGCAUCGUCAUCGGGGUGGUGGCCGGCAUCAUGACGGUGAUCCUGCUCAUCCUGGUGGUGGUCAUGGCCCGGUACUGCCGCUCCAAGGGCAAGCACGGCUACGAGGCGGGCAAGAAAGACCACGAGGACUUCUUCACCCCGCAGCAGCACGACAAGGCCAAGAAGCCCAAGAAGGACAAGAAAGGCAAGAAGGGCAAGCAGCCCCUCUACAGCAGCAUCGUCACCGUGGAGGCCUCCAAGCCCAACGGGCAGCGCUACGACAGCGUCAACGAGAAGCUCUCCGACAGCCCCAGCAUGGGCCGGUACCGCUCGGUCAACGGCGGCCCGGGCAGCCCGGACCUGGCCAGGCAUUACAAAUCCAGCUCGCCACUGCCCACUGUCCAGCUUCACCCGCAGUCCCCCACCGCCGGGAAAAAGCACCAGGCCGUGCAGGAACUGCCCCCGGCCAAUACUUUUGUGGGGGCAGGAGACAACAUCUCCAUUGGAUCGGACCACUGCUCCGAGUACAGCUGUCAGGCCAGCAGCAAGUACAGCAAGCAGGUGGAUACAGUGCAGACUACGCAGCCCCCUGGCCACAUUGAGGAAUCGUGUAAAAUGAAUGUAUGUGCUCGUAAGUGAAACAUUUAUAAAUAAAGCUCCAACUUUAAUGUAUGUUGGAUCAUAAAACAUGU